AACACGUAUUGGCACGACCUCGCGGAACAGACAAGGGAGAUGCACCGCUGUCUGGUCCCUUCUGAUCUGGUGUUGAUUUUCCGCGUUUUGGCCUGCGCGAACGGAGAUCCUGCCAGUUCUGCUGGUCAAGCAGAAGUAGAUCCUUCUGCCAGCAACAGGCAAAAAUGUAGUUCUCCUGCCAGCCGAAUGAAGAAAGGUGAAAAUGAUCAUCGGAAAACGAAACUCGACAGAGCGCUCGACGCCCAGGAACACGCGCGCUCUUUUCCGGAGUUGCUGCUGGUCUUGCAUGCGCAGACGAAACGGCUGUACUGCAAUUUCGACUUGGACGAACUCACGGAGAUGGUGCGGGCCUACAACAUGCUGAAUCUACGCACCAAAUCGAAUUUGCUGUUGCUCACCCGGAAAUUCAAUUCCGUCAUCCGCGACCCGGACGUCUGGCGGGAAAACGAGGUCAAGG